AUGAAUGCGGUAGAUGGCUCGGAUCAUUAUGAGGCUGCCGUUGAAGGUCCUUCACCGUCCCUCCUAGUCAUUGUCCUCGAUACGAACCCUCAUGCCUGGGCCCUCCUCGCCCCAACUCUGCCCCUCUCGAAAGCGAUAGCGAACAUCCUCGUCUUCAUAAACGCCCACCUUGCAGUCAACAAUGCAAACCAGGUAGCCGUGGUAGCAAGCCACAGCCACCGAGCAGUAUGGCUGUACCCUCGACCCCCUUCUUCCUCGUCCUCAGAAGACGUCGAAAUGACAAACGACCAACCCCCCAAGCUCGACGAUGCGAAUAAAUACAGGCCCUUCGCCCUCAUAGAAAACAGUCUUCUCGCCUCCCUCCGAGACCUGAUCUCAACUACGGCCGAAAAGGAUGUGGCAACAACUAGCACCACUCAAAUGGCGGGAGCACUCACACUGGCCCUCUCCUACAUAAACAAAGCCACAGUGUUGUACUCCGACACUACCUCCUCCUCAAAACCAGCGACAAAUGCCAUCGACGCUCCCGAAAAUACGACCGGUCUGCAAAGCCGCAUCCUCGUCGUCUCGGUCUCCGGCGAUCUAGCCCACCAAUAUAUCCCCAUAAUGAACACCACAUUCGCAGCUCAACGCCUGCGGAUACCCAUCGACAUUCUGAAGCUAGCAGGGGAUACCGUGUUCUUGCAACAAGCAUCAGACACCACCAAAGGGAUCUACAUGCAUUUGCGUAGUCCUCAAGGACUACUACAGUAUCUCAUGAUGGCAUUCCUGCCUGAUCAAAUGGCGAGGAAACAUCUGGUAGCACCCACGCAGGAAGUGGUUGAUUUUCGCGCUGCGUGUUUUUGUCACAGAAAAGUCGUGGAUGUGGGGUUCGUGUGCAGUAUUUGCUUGAGCAUUUUUUGCUCUCCUCCUGAAGGAGCUAUCUGCUUGACGUGUUCUACGCAUCUUGCAUUAGGGGACUAUGGGGCGAAACCAGCGGUUGUGCCGCGGAAGAAGAAGAAAAAGCGGAGGGUUAAUGGAGGGGGAGGGGAUACGCCUAGUGCAAGGGGAACACCAGUACCUGGGGAAUAA